AUGCCCGAAAGAAUCAAACUUCGUUCUUUGAUCCUCGCUGGUGGCCAAUCGUCUCGGAUGGGCUCACCCAAAUACCUUCUCCAGUUUCCUCGAACAUCGGACACCAUUCCUCUUAUCCUACAGACAAUUCUAUUGCAUCACGAAUUCUAUCGGCGUCGUCAAGAGCGGCAGCCAAUCACCAUUUCUGUGAGAGAUAAAGAACAACAGAGAGAAGUGGAAAACGCACUGCAGAAGCAUCCAGAUGACCAACUGCUGUGGCUUAAAUAUACCUUUGAUACAAUACCUCAUCAAGGACCAGCUACCGGUCUCCUUGCUGCACACGCGUUGGAUGAGGGAACACACUGGAUGGUGACUGGGUGCGACUAUCCGCUGCUCGAGACUGAGGCUCUUCUGCAACUUGCAAGCGAACAUGACAAAACACGAAACGCAAUCACCUGCUUCCGAAAUUCUGAUGGCUGGACAGAACCACUUCUCGCGAUUUGGUCCCCUUGUGCUCUUGAGCGGCUCCGCGAAAUGUCCUUAUCACAAAGUCACAUCGGCCCCAAUCGAAUCAUCAAAGCUUUCGCGGAUGACGAGAGCGAUGCUGGAUCAGAGUCCACCUUCUCAAGAGGCGUCUGUACUGUGCAGCCUUUGAAGGGAUCCUGGACUCGGAGCGUGAAUACCAAGGAAGAUUGGGAGGAGGUUCGAAAGAUGAUCCAUGAAAAGAUGGGAAAUAGUGGACAAUUGCUCACACAAGUGCGUACCCUGGCCUGGCCUCCAUGA